AUGUACUGGACAAGGCCUUUUCAGAAUACCGUCCGGGAUACCGCUUCACACUAUCCGACUGUAAGGGAUCUUCAAGAGAACAAAAUAUCGGAAGUAAGAAAAGACGAUCUCAGUGGCUUAUCACAUCUCAAAAUUUUGUUAGUUGCAUUUCUCAGUGCAUCAAAACGUAGCUUCAUCCGAUAA